UUGGUGGAUUUUACGAAAGAUUGAUAGGGAUAGUUAAGAAUUGUAUGAAGCGUACACUAGCAAAGCACAUGCUUUCAGAUAGUCAACUAACUACCGUAGUCAAGGAAAUUGAAGCUGUAAUAAAUUCAAGACCGCUUACAUGUGUAGAUUCAGAGUUGGAUAUAAUUCUAAAACCAGCUGAUUUUCUUACACUAGGAAGUUGUAUCACUAUAGAAGGAACUGUCGAAGAUUGUCUAGAGAAAGGUACUACGAUUAAAGUCGAUCUUAUAAAAAGUUGGAAGAGGGGUCUCAUCAUCGUAAGAGAAUUCAAAGAUAUGUUUGUUAACAGAUAUUUACUAAGUCUCCGAGAAAGGUAUCAGCACUCACAUAAAGAGCCACGUGUCACAUCGAAACAGUCUCCGGCGAUAGGACAGAUAGUGCAAAUAAAAGGAGAAAAUAAAAAUAGAGAAACCUGGAGAGUAGGAAAAAUUGUUUCACUGAAAGAAGGAAGUGAUGGUUUAUGUAGAGUAGCCAUAGUAAAGGUUGGAGAUAAGAAUUUCACACGGUCAAUAGCGCAUCUGUACCCUCUAGAGGUUCAAGAGUCAGAGGAAGACAUGGAAGAAAGAUUUAUAAGAGAUGAUACUUCGAGUGAGCUUGCUUCUGCCACUUUAGCCGAGCCUUUGGAAGAGAGUACCGACAGACAGAUAACUAUCUCAGAGGGGAUAGCUCAAGAAGAGAACUCACCUAUGAUGCAAAUAGACGAACCCAUUCAGGAGACAAUGGAGUGUGAAACCUUAGAGAGUGAAAGUAGAGAAUCUAUUGGGGAUGUUAUUGAUUCAGAGGAAGUCGGGAUACUAGCGAGAGACGAGGAGAAGGAAGAAGACGGUAGAGUGGGUAGAGUGAGGAGAGUUGUGGCCACUAAAGCCCUACAGAGGAUUAAAGAGUGGACGAACAACUUAUUAUGCCUAUUUUGAUCUAUUUUCCGGCCGGGAGUGUCGCGAAGUUACCCAUUCGCGAAGUAAUCAGAACAAAGUUACUCAAAAUGGUUGCUGCGGCUCGAAAUGGCGAGGCACCGAGCACGUGGAUUAAACCCGUUCCAGUGUUCGUGUGGAUGGUGAAGUCAAAGCUAAGUACCUAGGCUAUUUCAUAUUUAGACCAUUUUCUAUGUGUUAGAUAUUCCCGGUUAACCUAUAGAAAUAAAUGUCCCACGUGUAAUGGUUGCGCACCCAUUGUUAGUUUGUUAGUGGACAUAUGUGUGUACCUCUCUUCACAAGCCAUUGGGACUGAGUUAAAGUAAAUUAUGAAAGAGGUCAAACCGUCGAUCGGCAAAGACGAAAGGCUAGGCGAGGUAUGCGGAGGGUUGCUCUCUCCCAGUAGCGAGAGGGCGAUCGGGCACUCCAUGCACCCAGGACCCGGAAGCCUAGAGUAUCGGCAAAGACGACAGGCUAGGCGAGGCAUGCGGAGGGUUGCUCUCUCCCAGUAGCGAGAGGGCGAUCGGGCACUCCAUGCACCCAGGACCCGGAAGCCUAGAGUAUCGGCAAAGACGACAGGCUAGGCGAGGCAUGCGGAGGGUUGCUCUCUCCCAGUAGCGAGAGGGCGAUCAGGCACUCCAUGCACCCAGGACCCGGAAGCCUAGAGUAUACAGCACGCGCUAUGAGAAGGAC